AUGAAUACCGCCCGGCAGAUGCAGAGGCUUUCCUCCCCCGCUGCCCCGUUGCGGGUGUCCGCUCUUCGCAGCACUGCUCGCUGCAGCUCGACAACUCCCUCGAAAUAUCGUCUCCUCUCUGUCCGCACUGCUCGUUCCGAGGCCGCGACGUCUCCUGCUCUCAGAUCUCUCUCUCACCAGCAACGACAACCCCAGCCCAUCCUGCGGUCGACCCUCCCCGCUACCGCCAUCAGGUUAGACAGCCUAUCGCCAGCCCGGACCCGCGCGUUCCAUGCUUCGGCCCGGUCACUCCAGGCCGAGGGCAAGGAGGGCAAGGCGAAGGAGGAAGGGAAGGAGGAGGAGCCCAAGAAGGAGAAAGAGGAGUCCAAAAAGAGCAAAAAGGAUGAGAUGCCCCCGCCGCCGCCCCAUGGCGACAAGACGCCGUGGCAGGUCUUCAUCGAGACGAUGCAGAACGAGCUGAAGGAGUCGAAGGAGUGGAACGAGUCGACCAAGGCCCUCGCGUCUGGUGCCCAGCAGCUGGCCGAGAGCGAGUCGAUCCGCAAGGCUCGCGAGGCCUACGAAGCCACGUCGGGUGUCGUCUCCAAGACCGCGGCCACCGUCGUCAAGACCACUGCUGCCGUUGUCGGCAAGAGUGCUAAGACCGUGUGGGAGACUCCCGUUAUGAAGGGCGUGCGCAAGGGUGCCAACAAGACCGGCGAGGUGCUCGACAAGGCCACCAAGCCCAUCCGCGAAACGGAGGCCUUUAAGAAUGUCAAGAACGUCAUUGACGACGGCAGCAGCUCCCGCUAUGGCGGCUGGACCGACAAGGAGGAGCGCAGGAGGCAGAAGGAACUGCGCGAGAAGAUGCUCAAGGAGAGCGGCCAGGCCCCGCAGGUCUUCCAGGAGGAUCCUAAUGCCGGUACUAGCCUGACCGUCCACAAGGAUGCCGCCUGGAAGGAAGCCUGGAGGGAGUUCCGCGACUCGAGCAAGUUCGUGCAGAGUCUCUUCAACAUGAAGAACGUGUACCGCGAGUCGGACAAUCCGCUGAUCGAGACGGCGCGGAGCAUCACCGACAAGGUUGCCAGCUGGUUCGCUGAGAACGAGACGGCCCAGGUCAUCAAGAAGGUGCGGCAGAUGGACCCGUCCUUCAAGCUCGAGUCCUUCCUUCAGGAGCUGCGCGAGUACAUCCUGCCCGAGGUGCUAGACGCCUACGUCAAGGGUGACAUCGAGACGCUAAAGCUCUGGCUCUCCGAGGCCCAGUUCUCCGUCUACGAGGCUCUGACCAAGCAGUACCUGCAGGCCGGCCUCAAGUCGGAUGGCCGCAUCCUCGACAUCCGUGGUGUCGACAUCCUGCGCGCUCGCAUCCUCGACCCCGGCGAGAUCCCCGUCUUCAUCGUCACCUGCCGGACCCAGGAGGUCCAUGUCUACCGCAAUGCUAAAACCAACCAGCUGGCGGCCGGUAUGGAGGACAAGGUGCAGCUGGUCACCUACGCCAUUGGCAUGACCCGUAUCGCCGAGGACGUGAACAACCCGGAGACGAGAGGCUGGCGAUUGAUUGAGAUGCAGAAGAGCGGUCGCGAGUGGAUCUGA